AUGUCUACCGGUGAACCACAAGAGGGAAUGAUUCUAGCAAAUGGUCAUGCUAACAGUGCAGCAGAUGGUGCUUUAAAGAUUUUCAAACGUGAUCCACAAAACAGAAUCUUUGUCAAUCGUGGUCUGCACCUGGAUAAAAUCAAGUUCUAUGGGUUUGAUAUGGACUAUACACUUGCUGUGUAUAAAUCUCCAGAUUAUGAAGCAAUGGGGUUUAAUCUGUUAAAAGAAAGACUCAUACAGAUUGGCUACCCUGAGGCCAUCAGGCUCUUUGAGUAUGAUCCAUCAUUCCCAGUGAGAGGGCUGUGGUUUGAUAAAACUUAUGGCAACUUGCUGAAAGUGGAUUCCUAUGGCAACAUUCUUGUUUGUGUACAUGGAUUUCAGUUUCUGAAACCGCACGAGGUUGCUGACCUGUAUCCAAACAAGUACAUCCACCUGGAUGAUAAGAGAAUCUAUGUCCUGAACACGCUCUUCAACAUACCAGAAACCUACAUGCUAGCCUGUGUUGUUGAUUACUUUGCCAGCAACAAGGAAUACACCAAAACAAAAACCGGAAUUACAAUGGGAAGUGUCCACAUUUCAUACAAGUCCAUUUUUCAAGAUGUCCGAGGUGCUGUUGAUUGGCUCCACUUACAUGGAGAAAUGAAAAACUGUACUGUAGCCAACCUAGACAAAUAUGUUCAUCGUGAUGAAAAGCUUCCUGUUCUUCUUGAAAGGAUUCGACAUGUAGGGUCAAAAUGUGUUCUGAUCACAAACAGUGGUUAUGAGUACACCAAUAAAAUAAUGGAGUUUUUGUUGGAUUUCCCAGAAACACAUGGAAAAAGGCACUGGACAAGUUAUUGGGACUGUGUCAUAGUUGAUGCGGCCAAGCCGUUGUUCUUUGAAGAUGGGACCAUUUUGAGAAGAGUUGAUACAACUACAGGAUCUCUAAGUUUAGGCCGUCACUUGGGGCCCAUCAAAAGUGGAGAAAUUUACUCAGGGGGAUCUUGUGAAGUGGUAUCACGUCUGCUAGGAGCUAGAGGUAGUGAUGUAUUGUAUGUUGGAGAUCACAUUUUCGGGGACAUUCUCAAGUCAAAGAAAAUCAGGGGCUGGAAAACAUUUCUCAUCAUCCCAGAACUGUCCAUGGAGCUGAAGGUGUGGACUGAGAAGAAACAACUGUUUGAGAAUCUCACUAGGAUCGAAAUAGCUCUGUCUGAUAUUUAUAGACAUCUGGACAGUAGCACAGACCAGAGGCCUGACACAUCUAACAUUAGCCAUUCCCUCAGGACUGUGGUUCAUGAGCUAGACAUGUCUUAUGGAAUGCUUGGAAGCCUCUUUAGAAGUGGUUCCAGGCAGACUUUCUUUGCAUCCCAAGUGAGGAGAUAUGCUGAUAUUUAUGCUGCUUCCAUUUUAAACCUGCUGCAUUACCCAUUUUGCUACAUGUUCAGGGCUCCAGCUAUGCUGAUGCCUCACGAAGCUACUGUUGAUCAUUAUGCUGGCCGUGAGCCUGAACCACAGCCAGUAGUGAGUCGCAGUCGUUCUUCCACCGAUACAAUCCUAGAAACCCCAACAUGCAAGCGUUCACGGGUAAACGAAGAUCUGCCUCAUGCCUGGGCUGAAACACCACGGGAGAUGGUACACAUUCAUGAUGAUGGAGACUCGGAAGAGGAGCAGUCUGCGAGUCCAUACACUAACGGCAGUCCAGAUGCUGAGGAGAAAGUUCAG